UGUGUUUUUUUUUGGGUAGACACAGAGAACUAUCCAGGGUUUAAUUUGCAGUUCCAUGAUUUAGGGAUCGAAGCAGCAGCAAGAAUGUACGAGGCAGUAACAAAGUUUUAUAUCUGUAAUAAAGAUCACUUAGCACCAAUGAGUCCAUGUCCCCUCUAUGCCAAAUGUCGAAGUUGGGAAUAAUGGACCUGAUGGUGACAGUUUGGGCAAUCUUGGUGAUGUUGAUGAUGAAGCCUCCAUCCCUGCGCCUCAAGGUCAUGAAGUGAUAGUUGUCGAUGCCGUAGAGGUGGCAGAAACUCCAAUUGUGCCUGAGACAGUGGAACCCGAACCAAGAAUGGCAGAAACUGCUUCAUCUGAAGUCGCCCCCAUGAUUGUUGAUGCUGCUCCAGUGAUUGAGAAGCGUAUAAUAGUGCAUGAAUAUCCUAAUGCAGGGAUUGCUUUUUAUCCUCCAUUCGGUGAGACGCUCCCAAAUCACACGUUAGUUGGUGGAUUCAGUGUCCCCUCUGGGUACGUUGCUAUGUAUGAGAAGUUGUGGGAGAUGUAUGGCCACUUUGUUGUUACGAAGGAUCCAGAGCAUAGCUAUUUCUUGACAAGGCAAGUAGAGAUCAUAUUGCGUGUUAUAGAUGAUAUUCAUAACAGGUCCAGAAGUACUGUGACUCGAGAUGUACUCUUUGAUUGGGAGUACAACUUGAAGAAUUAUGAGAGACUUGGCUUUAACUUGAAGUGGCUUCGUCAGAAGAUCAAUACCAUCAAGGAUGCAGUAGUGGAGAACAUCCCUUAUAUUAGUGAAGCUGUGAUGAAGAAGAUGAUUGAAGUUGUAGAAUUGAUCAAAAAGCUGGAGUUGGAGAAAGCGGCUCUACAUGUCUUGGAGAAUGCUGAGAAGCAAAAAUCAUUCUUUGACGGCUUUCUUUAGUUUUCUUUCCAUAAUCUCAUGUACACUGAACUUCUGAGAGAUGUGAGAUUUUAUUUGGGUUUUGAUUUUUGAUAGGUUUUGAAUUCGAUUGAGGAUUUUCUUUUGGAUUUUGGAUUUGAUAGAUAUUUUUCUUAAAUAAAGAACUUUGAUA